GGAGAACGCCAGGGAGCUGUGAGGGUGUGUGGUCUCGUUCCUGUCGUCUGGAAUCUUUUUCCUCUACUGAGAUUCAUCUGUGUGAAAUGUGAGUUGGCGAGGAAGAUCGACCUAUCGGUCUAGACCAAGACUCUAUGUAGAGCCUCCUGAAAUGAUUGGGCCUAUGCUGCCCGAGCAGUUCAGUGAAGAAGAAGUGGAACCACCAAAACCUGAAGAAGGGGAACCAGCAACUCAAAGUCAGGAUCCUGCACCUGCUCAUCAGGGAGAGGAUGAGGGAGCAUCUGCAGGUCAAGGGCCGAAGCCUGAAGCUGAUAGCCAGGAACAGGUUCACCCAAAGACUGGGUGUGAGUGUGGAGAUGGUCCUGAUGGCCAGGAGAUGGGCCUGCCAAAUCCAGAGGAGGUGAAAACGCCUGAAGAAGGUGAAAAGCGAUCACAGUGUUAAAAGAAGACACGUUGAAAUGAUGCAGGCUGCUCCUAUGUUGGAAAUUUGUUCAUUAAAAUUCUCCCAAUAAAGCUUUACAGCCUUCUGCAAAGAA